GCCGACCCCACACCCAACCCGCCACUGCCCGACCCCCUGGCCAUCGACUGUCUCGGGCAUAUCAAACGGGACGUACGGCUAGAGUGCGCACAAAUAGCGCAACUGCGCUGGAAUGUCACCCCUCACGACACCCCGUUGAAAAAUAUAUGUUGCUCAGUUUGGGAUGAUCUCGAUUGUUUGAGAGAGAUUGCCUGGGUCAGGUGCAUGCCCGUGGAGCUGGCACAUACCGAGCUGUAUUUUAAUGAGGCAAUUAAUUGGACGGAGAGAGUGGCCUGCGAUAUCGCCCCAUACCAUAGCGAGGAGUGUGUACUACCCUUCGAGGCUCCGCCGCUCAUAAAGGAUAGUCAUCUAGGUGAAAACACUAAAAAACAGCCAGCUGAUUUAACCAAAACAUCUGCAUCAACUGCCCAGCCCAACACACAAACCCCACAACCGACCACCGACUCGGCCCAAACCAGCCAGGCCAAAAUUGAGCCUACACCGGCACCAAUCAUCGAGACAAACGAGCUAGAUGAUGGCGCCAAACCUGGGCCACGUUUCCGACUGGACCGCGUGUUUCACGUACACGAAGCGCACCGGGAGUCCGGCCCCGAGUAUCACAUCAAACACGUGGCCAAACUGUACCCGUUUAGCGAGGAAGAGCACCGACAGCACACUGUGCACGGCUUUAUGAGGGAGUUUAGGGCUAUUUUCCCGAUGACCAUGUUUUUCCUGGGACUGGUGGCCAUUACGUUGGCGAUUGUGAUCGGCAUUCAGUACCGGGUGUUCCGACGCAACGAACGCCAGGGUAUUAAGGGUGGAGUGUUUUUGCGCCGCACCCACCCCUACGAUGUAGAGGACAGACAGAUGUUGAUCAGAUUUUAAUUGAUUAUUUUCUUACCAUGUUUUUAAUGAAUUAUUAAUUUUUAAUUGUGUUCCUUUAUUUUUCCUAACUGAUAGUUACUUUGAUUAUAAUACAGUAUAAAAUUUUUAAAUAUGCAAUUAUAGCAUUUGAGUUUUCUAGUCCAGCUCCAUUAAAACGUGAUAAUACAGUCGAAUGUAAUUAAAAUUAUUAUGGUUCAUAUUUUAAUAAAAUUAUUUCAAAUUAA